GGCGGAGCGGUCCCCCACUCAGGCGUGGACUUCCUUACCUUCUACAGCGGAGGGAUCGCGUGUAUUCGUCGGUUCACUAACCUGUUAACUCUCACGUACCUUCUGUUGCCCUGUGUUCUGCACUAGUCCUUGGAGUCGUUAGGAGGGACUCAGACAGACCCAGGAAACCUCGAAAUGGACUCAUUGGCCUUUGAGGAUGUGGCUGUGAAUUUCACCCUGGAGGAGUGGGUUUUACUGGAUUCCUCACAGAGGAAACUCUACAGAGAUGUGAUGCGGGAAAACUUCCAGAACCUGGUCUCAGUAGAAACAAAACAGGAAGAUCAUGACAUUGAAGAUCAGUACAAAGACCAGGGGAGAAAAUUAAGAAGUUCUAUGGUAGAGAGACUCUCUGAAAGUAAAGGCAGUAGUUUCUGUGGAGAAAAUUUCACCCUUAUUCCAACUCUCAAUCUGAAGAAGAAAACUCCUGGUUUAAAACCAUGGGAAUGCAGUGCAUGUGCAAAGGUCUUCAUGCAUCAUUCAUCCUUUAAUAGACACAUGAAAUGUCACAUUGAAAACAAACGAAGAGAGUAUCAAAAGUACCAUGAGAAGGUAUAUAAAUGUAAAGAAUGUGGGAAAGCAUUCAUUUCUCCUAGUUCUCUUAGAACACAUGAAAGGAGUCACACUGGAGAGAAGCCCUAUGAAUGUGAACAAUGUGGAAAAGUCUUUCGAUAUCAAAAAUCCUUCCGACUACACAAAAGAACUCACACAGGAGAGAAACCCUAUGAAUGUAAGGAAUGUGGGAAAGCCUUCAUGUGGGAAACAACUUUUCGAAAACACAUGGUAACUCACGCUGGGGAUUUACCUUAUAAAUGUCAGAAAUGUGAGAAAGCAUUCAUUUAUCCCAGUUGUCUUCGAAUGCAUGAAAGCAGUCACAACGGAGAGAAACCCUAUCAAUGUAAACAAUGUGGAAAAGCCUUUAAAAGUCCUGAAACUAUUCAAAUCCAUGAAAGAAUUCACAGGGGAGAGAAACUCUAUGAAUGUAAGCAGUGUGGUAAAGCCUUCAAUCAUUUCAGUUCCUUACAGCUACACAAAAGACAUCACACAGGAGAGACACCAUAUGUGUGUAAAACAUGUUCUAAAGUAUUGAAUACUGCCCGGUCUCUUCGAAAUCAUGAAAGAAUCCACACUGGAGAAAAACCCUAUGAAUGUAAGGAAUGUGGGAAAGCCUUCACAUGGAAAAUAACCCUUCAGAAACACAUGAUAACACACACUGGGGAUGGACCUUAUAAAUGUAAAGAAUGUGAGAGAGUAUUCAUUAAUCCCAGUUCUCUUAAAACACAUGAAAGGAGUCACACUGGAGAGAAACCAUAUCAAUGUGAACAAUGUGGUAAAAGUUAUAGAUAUCUAGCAGUUUUGAAAAUACAUCGAAGGACCCAUACUUGAGAAAAACCCUAUGAAUGUAAAAAUGAAGGGAAACUCACUUCUGCAUAUGUUCAAGUGCAUGAAAGAAUUCACCCUGGACAGAAACCCUAUCAAUGACAGGAAUGUGGGAAAUCCUUCAUUUGCCUCUCAGUCUGGCUGCAGAUGCCUGAGCGGCCCCGAUCUCCACCCAAAUCUACAAGAAACACCUGGAACGCAGGCCCGGGCCAUGUCCACCAGAGCUGGGCCUGGCCCUGGGCCAUCUGGCUUGCUGCUGCCUGCACCACCGGGCCAAGAGGAGACCGCCCCCACCCCCCCUCCCACGAACCAGGUGUACCAGAGGCUGGAGAAGCUGCAGGCAGCAGUGGCAGGGCUGUCUCUGGAGCCAGAGGCCGCCAGCCGCCAACCCUUUUCCCGCAAGAGAACUCCUACGUGUCCACCACCAGCAGUGCCCUGAGCGGUGCCCGCCCAUGGCAGCCCCUGGCAGCGCCCUCGGGAGGCCUGGCCCAGGCUCCAGAGAGGCCGCAGAAAGCCCAGCCAGGCAGCUCUGGCCCAGGGGCCGCCGUUUGUGCACCAGCACCCCUCAGGCAGGCUGGCUGCACUCAAGGGGGUACCACCCGAGAGUCGAGCUGGGGGAGCGGCCCGGGGCUCCAGCCCACAGCUAUGGAAGGAUCACUCCUGGACGGCUCGAUGUCGUCACAGCCCCCGCAGAACGUCAUCACGCCAGCACAACAGAAGAUGCUGCAGAAGCUGGCCUUGCACGAGGAUGGGGUCCUAGACAGCCUGCAGCUGCUGUCGUCCAGCUCCUUCCCAGACUUGGGCCUGGAACAACAGAACAGGGGCGCCGCUGGUGGAGGUGGGCGGGGCGACGCACAGCACCCGCAAGAAAGUCGCCACGGACUCCGAUGUCCCAAGGGCGAUAUCUGGCGUUCCCCGCCCUUAAUGGUCCCAGUCGUUUCUGCAGUGGUCGUGGGAGGCGUAGGAGGGCCUCGGGGAGACCCGGAAAAGCUGGAUAUGAUGUACUGGCGGGAGGAGGACUCAGUGACCUGUGAGGAUGUGGCUGUGAACUUCACCCUGGAGGAGUGGGCUCUACUGAAUCCUACACAGAAGAAACUCUACAGAGAUGUGAUGCAGGAAACCUUUAGGAAUCUGGCCUCAGUAGGAACAAAAUGGGAUGAUGAUGACAUUGAAGAGCAGUACAAAAACCAGGGGGGAAAACCAAGAAAUCAUACGGUAGUGAGAUUCUCUGAGCGUAAAGACCGUAAUCCAUGUGGAGGAAAUUUCAGCCUUAUUCCACCUCUUGAUCAGAACAAGAAAACUCCUGGAUUAAAACCAUGUGAAUGCAGUAGGCACAAAAGAACUCACACAGGAGAGAAACUGUAUGAAUUCCAGCAAUGUGGAAAAAGUUUCAGUAAUCAUCAAGGUUUCCAAACACAUGAAAGAAUUCACUCUGGAGAGAAGGCCUAUGAAUGUAAGCAAUGGGGUAAAGCAUUGAUUAACCCCAGUUCUCUUCAAAUACAUGAAAGGAGUCACAGUGGAGAGAAACCAUAUGUGUGUAAAACAUGUUGUAAAGCAUGUAGUAUUCCCAGAUACCUUCGAGAACAUGAAAGAACCCAUACUGGAGAAAAACCCUAUGAAUGUAAAGUAUGUGGGAAAUCCUUUGCUUCCACUUACGUUCAAGUGCAUGAAAGAGCUCACACUGGACAGAAACCCUAUCAAUGUCAGGAAUGUGGGAAAGCCUUCGUUUGUCCCUCAGGCAUUCGAAGGCACAUGAGACUGCACACUGGCGAGAAAUAUAAAUGUGAAGAAUGUGGGAAAGCAUUCAAUAAUCCCAGUUCUCUUCACAUACACAAAAGGACUCACACUGGAGAGAAACCAUAUAUGUGUAAAACAUGUUCUAAAGCAUUUAGUAUUCCCAGAUAUCUUCGAAAACAUGAGAAAACCCAUACUGGAGAAAAACCCUAUGAAUGUAAAAUAUGUGGGAAAACCUUCAGUUCCACCUAUGUUCAAGUGCAUGAAAGAAUUCACACUGGAGAGAGACCCUAUAAAUGUAAGGAAUGUGGGAAAGCCUACAUAUCUCUCUCAGGCAUUCAAAGACACAUGAGCCUGCACACUGGAGAGAAACCAUAUAAAUGUGUAGAAUGUGGGAAAGCAUUUAUUAUUCCCAGUUUUCUUCAAACACAUGAAAGGACUCACACUGGCGAGAAACCGUGUGUGUGUAAAAUAUGUUCUAAAGCAUUUCGUUUUUCCAGUUCUCUUCAAAAACAUGAAAGAACUCAUACAGAAAAACCCUAUGACUGUAAAAUAUGUGGGAAAACUUCGCUUCCACUAAUGUUCAAGUGCAUGAAAGAGCUCACCCUGGAGAGAAGCCUUAUGAACGUAGGAAUGUGGGAAAGCCUACAUUUCUGUCUUAGGCAUUCAGAGACGCAUGCAUACUACAGAGAAACCAUGUAAAUACGAAGAAUAUGGGAAAACCUUUUCUGAUCUCUCUACUUUGCAAAAGCAUGAAAGGGUUCACUAGAUAAAAAAUAUAGUUUUUAAAGAGCCUAGGAAAGACUUCAGUGGGCCCACAUACUUAUAUGUGAAAACUCCCAUGAGAAACAAAUAUAAA